ACCUACAGCCCACAUUGAAGGAGAGAGGAAAGGAGAAAAAUUUAUUUUCCUUGGUAAGGUUAGCAGUAAACCGAAGGCACUUAGCAUAAAAUGGCAAAGAGUUGUCAACAAUAAAGCAGAAGACAUCAAUAUAUCCUUGCCUAAAUACAAGGGAAGUUCGGAGGAUAUGCCUAGUGUAAAACUUUUUAUACGACAUCUUACCCAAUGCGACACUGCUAAAUAUCGUCUGGUUGUUCGCAACGCUAUUGGUGAGGGGAGAAGCAACCAAGUACCUUUGCAUAUAGAGUCAUGCUCUAUCUGUUCCUCCAUCAAAGCAAAUAUUGACAUCCAGAAAGAAAUCAAGAGUGGAGAAAAGGAAAAAUAUUUGAAUAUUGAAGUCGAGAUUCUAACCGAGAUGUUCGAUAUUGCUGCAAAAACAUCUAAUCAGGAAGUGGUGUUAGAAUAUUUGAGCGACUUACAGAACUCUGUCAGUAAUGUAGACGUAUCUGAAUGCAAGACUGUUGAUAAACUGAUUGGUAAGACUGCAAAGAAAAUAAAAGACUGGAGAAAUAUUGGCGACGAAAAUACACAUCGAGAAGUGCUAAAACGUUUCCUUGGUAUUAUCAAACAAGUAAGAAAAGAAUACAACAUUACAGAAUGGAGGUGCUCACGCGGUUCAAUCAUAUUCGAUCUGGAGUUUGCCGACAGAGGAUCUUUUCUGAGAUUUCAAAACGAUAUGAAAGAUGGGGAAAUGAAAACGAGAUUAUCAGAUAUUAUUGUUUUUGAACCCUUACUGGAACAACUCCAGUUCGAUUUGGAAAAAAGGGAUUUCUCCAUUUUCAUUGAAGGCAUGCAAGAAAAACGUGUAUCAGCAGAUAUUGAUUUAAAACCAUUGACAAGAAGCGAUGUCUUUGCUGUGGCUAUCGACUUAGGAAACACGUAUUCUACUUAUGCGUUCUCGGAUGUGUCACUUUCGAAAACAGCGAAUAUCUAUAGUCUGACUUCUAACAAAUACGAUGUUCUUGAGAAAAUACCCACAGCCAUUCUUCUGAAUGCAGAUUGCACGUUUUAUUUAUUUGGAUGGAAAGCUAAAGAGCGGUAUGCAAAUCUCCAAGGUACAGAGGAAGCCAAAGACUUUCAUUACUUCGAACAUUUCAUUACUUCCAUCUAUGAAACCAAAGCAAAGUCUCUAGACAAAAAUGUUUCAAUCCCAGACUCUGAAGGCAGAGCUUUCGAUGCCAAAGUAAUUCUAAGUCGAUGUGCCACAUACAUGGCAGAACGCGCAAUGAGACAUAUUCGAGAGGAAUUCGCAUACGUUCAACUCAGCAACUUUAAAUUUUGCUUUACUUUACCAACAUUUUGGGCCUCAACAAAAGACUUUCUAAUGGAUGUCCUCAGUGUGGUACCCCAUGGAGAAAGUCAAAUCUCUAUAAUUCUGGAAUCCCACGCUGCUUGCUUGUACCACCAUUUGAGACUUGACGACAAUACUGACAGCAAAUUGGAGAAUUCUUUCCAGAAACUGGAAAAAGGAGAUAAAUACAUGAUAGUUGACAUCGGUGGGGAAACCACAGAUAUCACUGUGCACUCUCGAUCAGACUUUGAUGGAGGAAUAGACGAGGUACUGAUACCAUACACCGGACCCUGGGGAGGCAACUAUGUCAAUACAAAAAUGAUCGACUUACUGUCUGAAAAAUACAAGCUCAAACGGCCAAUCGAUAUGAAGACUCGUCAACAUUUAAUCGAUCAAUUUCAAUUUUCUAUAAGAAAACCGGGCAUUGAUAAGAUAAGUCUAAAUGCACCAAAAAUAGGAAGGGAAAUAACAGUAGAAAGUGCCGAGCUGGAUGUCCUUUUCGAGGAGCCUCUGCAAAGAAUCCAGCAACUUCUUCAAAAAGUUUUCAACACAGAGAACGUCGAUGUUGUUAUAGUAAUGGGUGGCUUUUCGGAAUGCAAAAGAGUUCAAAUCGCAGUUCAGGAGAUCUUUGAGAACAAAACUGUCAUAAACCCUGAAGAACCCGGACUAGCAAUGCUUAAAGGCGCAGUGUGUCAUUUACAGCAGUUGGAAAACAAAAAUCUAAAAAGUUUCACAGUUAUGGUUUAAGAUGUACAAUUGAACUGUAUUCAAGUUUAGUCUGUGAAAUUAAAACAUUUAAUUGUUAAAUAUAGGCAAAGAGGCAAGUUUUGAUGUGAUGAUAUGGUUUUAGCAUUUGAAUGUCGAACGUUGAAUGUCACAAACCAUGAUUACUGGACGGGUUGUAGUGACGUCUUUAUAUUUCACCAAGAACCAAAUCAGACUUCCAAAAUAUAAAAAUGCAAAAAUAUGUUGUACAUCAUUUUGUUUUUAUAGAAUAUCUAGUAAUUGUGUACAUUAGAUUUACAAAGGUAAAAUCAAAUAUAAAACGUGAGUAUGGAGGAAGAAUAGAUUAGCAAUUACACUCACUUGAUCUCUUUUCACUCAAAUCAAAUGCAAAAUAAGUUGAUAUCAAUUGGUACAUUGAUCUAAUUACAUGCAGUUUAGGGAAAAAAUAUAUCAUUCCAUAAUUCAAUAUCCUCUAAGUAGCUAUUAUUAUAUAUCAUUCUACGAAUAUAUAGAGAUUUUCAUAAGAAAGUUUGCAAACUUUAGUAUCAUUAGACAUAUUGUAACUCUGUCGUUAGGUAAAUGCUCUGAGGUGUAUUGCAUAUCAUUACAUUGUUAGGCCGUUCUUUGCAUACUGAUUUUGUCUACAUACAAGUCCGUUUACCUGGUCAAACUACAAGGCUCACGGCGGAUGUGGCAGGUGAACAUGGGAUGCUAACUCCUCCUAAGCACAUGGUCCCUACUCUUAAUUUACUGUUCUUUAUGGGAUUUAUGAAAUUAAUCACUGUUAGUUGUCUUUACUUUUCAUCAUGAAACGUUGCAAACGCAAAACUAAACAUAGAAUAUUGUAUUAAGGACAUGCCACAUACACAGAACAUUUUUAAAGCUUGAUUUAAGGUCAUACCCAAGAUUUUGUAUGCAAUAGAUAAAGUAGUUUAUGUGGGAUUUUCUAUCAUUUAAUCCAAUAACAAUAAUGUAAAUCGGUCAUAACUAUAUGAAAUAUACCAAUAAAAAGAUGCAUGUUGAAAUAUAACAAUUUUUGUGUAAUGUUUUGCAAAGAAUUUGUGAAUAA